UUUUUGUUGCUGCGUUUAUUUUUUUUUUGCUGCUUUUGUCCGCGCUUUUUUGACACGACCGUGGCCUUUUUUCUGCGGCCGUGGCAAUUUGAUCCAAACCCCUGUUUUGUGUGUAGUUUUGUCUGUAGUUGAAGAUGUUUAGAUUGGGGGGGUGAAUUACAAUACAGCAGACCCAGUAUGUAGUUCAGGUUUAUCAGAAUGAAAGUGAAAGUAUAAUUGCCUGAUUCCCAGUAUCACAGCCAGUUGGAGACGAGGGCAGAGACAGAUAAGAGAAGCUACAACAACAAGCAAACUAGAAACAUUUCGGAGGCUCGAGGCAGCGGAUAGGAGAACCAUGAACCGUACCCCAAAGAGGCCAUGUCAUAUUGCUAUAAUCAGCUCAAGUUGCCCACAACAUAAGUUCAUGUGGCUGCCGGGCAUCCUUAAUCCAUAUGUCUGUAACCUUGGGUUCGAGCCGACAUAUCUUCUAAUCACUGACCUUUAUUACCAGAAGAAGGACUUGGAGAAAUGUUCUAUUGGGAUCUUGUACCACAGCUUGCCGCAAUACGAAAGGAUCAACAAAAGCAACAUGGACAGAUUACUGCCCAUGUUGGAACUUAAGUAUAUGUCCAGUUGUCUAGGCAAGCAGAAGGUUAUGGUUGUGAUGGAUGAUGUGGAGCAAUAUAACAAGAAAGAAACGGAGCAAAUUCUAAGUGCAAAUGCCACCAUCAAUAGCUGCUCCUCUCUUCUCCUUCUGACUCCGACUAAUAAUAAGGAAAGGGCAUUUAAAACCAAGAGUGGUUCAAUAAUUGAGAUUCUGGAAAGAGGUCUGUCAGAAGGAACCUCAGCUUCUUCCCCUGGUGGUUCUAAUAAGCACUCCAAACAAACGAGCUCAUUUGAUGCUGGUGCGGUUGAACAAAUCAGCAAGAAGAACCCUAAGCUGGAUGUUCCAUCUGGGCAAAAGCAUUGGGUCAGGGUCUUCUCUAGGUGCGCAAAGAGUAAUUAUAACUGGCUUGUGGCCCUUCUGAGAAGUAAAGACUUUGGGAACUUGGAGGUCCAUGCUGUGGAAAUAUCUAACAAUUAUUCACAGUUUUUAUCUGAUAUAAAUAACUGCACAUUUGCCAUUUUGUAUCAUUCACUCAACCAUGGACGUGUAAAUGUUACUGAUGUGCCCGACUCCUUGUAUGACAAACAUCUGGAGACCUUAUCUCAGCGCCUUGGCAAGGAGAACAUCAUUGUGGUCCUUGAUGACUUGAAACAAAGCAGUUCUGUGGAGAAGAAGAAGAUACUCCAUCAACAGCCAAGCAUUGGGCGAUAUUCCCAGGAACUCCUCCUCUUCAGUGAAACAGAGAAGAAGGCGGGAAGUUACACAUCUAAGAAUAAACUGGAGGCACUCAAGAAAGCGUUGGAGACCAGCCGUGCUGGUGAUUUUCCUCAGUUUCCUUCGAACAGAGUGGGACCUGGUGUCUCCACAUCUCCUGUAGCCCCGUCAGGUUCCUCUAAUCCCAUUUCCUGGGAUUUACAUAAACACAGAGCACCAGAGAACAAUGUUUCAUGGCAAAAGUCGGAUCAUUCUCUAAAGCAAUCGCCCACAGAGGCAAUGUACUUGAAACAACAGUUAGUAGAGACUGAGAAGGAACAUCACAUGGAGAUGUUAAGACUGAAUCAGAAACAUCAAUCAGAGAUAGCCUCCCUGAAACAACAGAUGAAAGAGUUAAAGGAAGAGCACCGCAUGGAGAUAUCCAGACUGAAGCAGCAAGUUGAAGACUCUAGGAGGGGGCCCUGUACAUUAUGCUCUCAGCAUUGGCCAACGAGACCAGAUAACCAAAAUCUGCAACAAAGCCAUGGCAUGUAUGCCUCUCUACAUUAUUAUUAAUUGACAUAUACUGGUACUGGGACUUAUUAUCGCUAGAUCUUAUGUAUUGCUGAUCAAUUGCUUGAGUGAAUAUUUGAGAAGAUAAAUGAUUCUCAGUACAAUAUAACUUGGAAACUAAACACCUAAUAAGUGAUUUAAAUGUACUUGUCAUUUAAAGUAAAUAACCCAAAUACCAUAAAUAAAUAAAUAUACCUUAAA